GAGCCUCCUCCAGCCCUGGGGAAGGUAACCAGGGGGUGGGUUUCUCUCUUGCAGAGGAUUUACUACCUCUCCCUGGAGUUCUACAUGGGGCGGACGCUGCAGAACACCAUGAUUAACCUGGGGCUGCAGAACGCCUGCGACGAAGCCGUCUACCAGCUCGGGCUGGACAUGGAGGAGCUGGAGGAAAUCGAGGAGGAUGCUGGUCUGGGCAACGGUGGUCUGGGCAGGCUUGCUGCCUGCUUCCUCGACUCGAUGGCGACGCUGGGGCUGGCAGCCUACGGCUACGGCAUCCGCUACGAGUACGGCAUCUUCAACCAGAAGAUCCGGGAUGGGUGGCAGGUGGAAGAAGCUGAUGACUGGCUCCGGCACGGCAACCCCUGGGAGAAAGCCCGUCCCGAGUACAUGCUGCCCGUCCACUUCUACGGCCGGGUGGAACACUCUGCCACUGGUGCCAAGUGGGUGGACACCCAGGUGGUGCUGGCGUUGCCCUACGACACCCCCGUGCCCGGGUACAUGAACAACACCGUCAACACCAUGCGCCUGUGGUCGGCCCGGGCACCCAACGACUUCAACCUGCGGGACUUCAACGUCGGAGACUACAUCCAGGCCGUACUGGACAGAAACCUGGCGGAGAACAUAUCCCGUGUCCUCUACCCCAACGACAACUUCUUCGAGGGGAAGGAGCUGCGGCUGAAGCAGGAGUACUUCGUGGUGGCUGCCACCCUCCAGGACAUCAUACGCCGCUUCAAAGCGUCCAAAUUCGGGAGCACGGACAGUGUCCGAACCGUGUUUGAUUCCUUCCCCGACCAGGUUGCCAUCCAGCUGAAUGACACACACCCUGCCAUGGCCAUCCCUGAGCUGAUGAGGAUUUUCGUGGACAUCGAGAAGCUGCCAUGGAACAAGGCUUGGGACAUCACCAAGCGGACCUUCGCCUACACCAACCACACGGUGCUCCCCGAAGCCCUGGAGCGCUGGCCGGUGGACCUGGUGGAGAAGCUGCUCCCCAGACACCUGCAGAUCAUCUACGAGAUCAACCAGAGACACCUGGAUCACAUCGCGUCCCUCUUCCCUAACGACGUGGACCGGCUGCGGAGGAUGUCCCUGAUAGAGGAGGGUGGCACCAAGAGGAUCAACAUGGCCCACCUCUGCAUCGUCGGCUCCCACGCCGUCAACGGGGUGGCGAAGAUCCACUCCGAAAUAGUCAAGACUCAAGUCUUCGAGGACUUUGCAGCGCUGGAACCGGAGAAGUUUCAGAACAAGACCAACGGCAUCACCCCGCGGCGUUGGCUCCUGCUCUGCAACCCGGGGCUGGCCGAGCUCAUCGCAGAGAAAAUAGGGGAGGACUACGUGCGGGACCUGAGCCAGUUGACGAAGCUGCACGAGUUUGUGGACGACGAUCUCUUCAUCCGGGAGGUUGCCAAAGUGAAGCAGGAGAACAAGGUGAAGUUCGCGCUGUACCUGGAGAAGGAGUACAAGGUGAAGAUCAACCCUUCCUCCAUGUUCGACGUGCACGUGAAGAGGAUCCACGAGUACAAGCGGCAGCUGAUGAACUGUCUGCACAUCAUCACCAUGUACAACCGCAUCAGGAGGGAUCCUGCGAAGGUGUUUGUGCCGAGGACAGUGAUCAUUGGGGGCAAGGCUGCCCCAGGAUAUCACAUGGCUAAAAUGAUCAUCAAGCUCAUUAAUGCAGUGGCUCAUGUGGUGAACAACGACCCCGUUGUGGGGAGCAAACUGAAGGUCAUCUUCCUGGAGAACUACAGGGUCUCACUGGCAGAGAAAGUGAUCCCUGCUACCGACCUGUCAGAGCAGAUCUCCACGGCAGGCACCGAGGCAUCAGGCACAGGCAACAUGAAGUUCAUGCUGAACGGGGCUCUGACCAUCGGCACCAUGGAUGGAGCCAACGUGGAAAUGGCUGAGGAGGCUGGAGAGGAAAACCUGUUCAUCUUUGGCAUGAGGGUGGAGGAUGUCACGGAGCUGGACAGGGAAGGGUACAACGCCCAGAAGUACUACGACCAGCUCCCCGAGUUGAAGAGAGCCGUUGACCAGAUUAAGAGUGGCUUCUUCUCCCCAAAGGACCCUGACCUCUUCAAAGACGUGGUCGACAUGCUCUUCCACCAUGACCGGUUUAAAGUCUUUGCAGACUACGAGGCUUAUGUCAAAUGCCAGGAGAAGGUCAGCGAGCUGUACCUGAACUCCAAGGCGUGGACCAAGAUGGUCAUCAGGAACAUCGCGGCGGCCGGCAAGUUCUCCAGCGACCGCACCAUCAAGGAGUACGCCCGGGACAUCUGGCACGUGGAACCCUCCGACCUGAAGAUCCCACCACCCAAUGAGCCCCGGGAUGCGGUGGAGGACAAGACCCCCAACGGCACGGCGGCGUAAGGGGGGGACGGCGCCAUCACUGGUGGACGCCAGACACACGCGCUGUAAAAUUGUCUCUGCUGUCUGUAGUCUCUGUGUCACUGCUGCUGGUUUUCCAAGGGAUGGGGAAGCU